UCCCUGCUCCUCCCUCCCUGUCAGACAGACACCAUCUCAGUCAGGGCUGCUGCCGAGGGGGAGCGGCCGCCGGGAACAGCUCGAAUUUAAGAAUGCCGGUUGAUUGGAUAAGCUACUCCUAUGCUGGUGUGGUGACAGUGAGUGGCAUCAUUGGAUAUAUGCGAAGAGGGAGUUUGAUGUCUUUGAUCACUGGGCUGCUGUUCGGAUCUUUGGCAGGGUAUGGUGCUUAUCAGACUUCUAAUGACCCACAAAAUGUGAGGAUCUCUCUGAUCACGGCUGGGGUUUUGACAGUGGCCAUGGGAAUGCGAUAUCAAAAAUCUGGACGGUUAAUACCUGCCGGACUUGUCGCUGGUUUCAGCCUUUUAAUGAUCCUGCGACUUGUAAUCAUGAUGUUUUAAAUCUACAAGCAACUCACUUCAAAAUAGCUCCGAAUUCUGCAAAAUAAUUCUUGAGUGUAUAAACUUGAUACAAAGUAAAUAAUCGUUAAUCAUC